UAAAGCCUAUCUUCUUGGUGUAAUUCAUAACCCAGGCCUGUUUUAAGUCUUAUUAGUAAAGCUACGGGAAACGAAGGGGACACGAGAGUGGCCAAGGGUUUGUGUUGCAGUGAUUUCUAAUCAACUCAUCACCAAAUUAGAAGGCUUGUGAGUUGUGACGGUGAAAGUGUGAUUUCAUAAUUUUCGUCGAAAUUAUACUUCUCAGGCCUCGACAAUCACAGGACCGGCUCUGUGCCUCUCCAGCGUAAUCGGUGAAAUAAUUACAUAAAUAUCUACAGCAGAAUCACAAACCUUCAUUUUAUCUUCAAGUUCCUAGCACAUAUAGCCUUGAUUUCCUGACAGAUCUUCCAGCUUUUUUGCUCCACUAGAGUUCUCUGCAGACUUCACAGGCAUCCAUGGGAACUGAAAACAAGAAAAAGAAGAAGAACAAAGCUGGCGAUCAAGGUGGCAAGAGAGGAGGAAACUACCAUCCCCAGAAUGAGGGUGGCAAAAUCAUCACAGACGCUAGAUUUUCAUCUGUACACUUUGACCCUCGAUUUCGGGAGGCUCCGAAGCGUAACUCUAAAGUGGUUAUUGACUCUCGAUUUGACCGCAUGUUCACUGAUAAAAAUUUUGCAUCCUCCAAGGCUCCUAUAGACAAGAGGGGUAAACUUAGAAAGAACUCCCACUCUCAAAACCCUCUCAAACACUACUAUCAUCUAGAAGAGGAAGAAAACCAAGUAGAAAAAGGGCAUGGGUUGAAGAAGGUUGCAACCGAAGAAAAAGAAGAAGAAGAAAGUGAAAGUCAGAAGAGUGAGAGUGAGAGUGAGAGUGAGAGUGAGAGUGAGCGCAAGGGUGAGGGCAAGGGUGAGGGUGAGGACUUGAAGAAAAGAAAAUCACUGUUGACAAGGGAAGGUGAGAGUGAGAGUGAGAGUGAGAGUGAGAGUGAGGGUGAGAAAUUGAAGAAAAGAAAAUCAGUACUAAAAAGUGAAUUGGAAGAAUCAAGUGAAUCUGAGGAUGACAGCCAUGACAGUGAUGAAUCAUCAUCGACUAGCACUACAGAUUCAGAUGAAGGUGAUAAAGCUUAUUUGGAGGAGGAGGAGGAUGACGCCUUUAUGCAUCAGGAGGACAACAUACCAGAAAUCGAUAAUGAAACCCGCAGACUUGCAGUUGUUAAUUUGGACUGGAAUCAAGUGAGGGCUGUUGACUUGUACGUAUUGCUAAGUUCGUUUCUUCCUAAAGAUGGUCAAAUUAUGUCAGUGGCUGUCUAUCCAUCUGAAUUUGGACUCAAGCGCAUGGAAGAGGAGGCUGUCCAUGGUCCUGUUGGGCUAUUUGAUGAGGGUGAGGAGGAUGAACAAGAUGAUGAGUUUGAUGACAAAAAACUGUGUGCCUAUGAACUAAGUAGACUAAGGUAUUACUAUGCUGUGGUGGAAUGUGAUUCAAGUGCUACAGCAGAUUACCUAUACAAAACCUGUGAUGGAGUUGAGUUUGAAAGAUCAUCAAAUAAGUUGGAUUUGAGAUUUAUUCCUGACACCAUGGAGUUUAAACAUCAGCCACGGGAUGUGGCAACUGAGGCACCAACAGACUAUGAAGGUUUGGAUUUUCAAACUCGAGCACUACAGCACAGUAACAUUCAGCUCACGUGGGAUGAAGAUGAACCACAGCGCUCAAAGACCUUGAAGAGAAAACUCAAUGCUGAACAGCUUGACGAAUUGGAGCUAAAGGAGUUUUUGGCAUCCGAUGAGAGUGAAGCAGAUGACAACGAUGAUGAUAAUGACACGGAAGAUAGAUCUGUCAAAAGACGCAGAAAGCAAGAUAUGUACCGUGUUCUUCUCCAGUCCGGGGAUCGUGGCUCAGAUGACAAUGAUGAGGAUAAUGCCCAAGACAUGGAGGUCACUUUCAAUACUGGCUUAGAAGAUAUAAGCAAACGCAUUUUAGAAAAGGAUAAAAAAUCAGAAACUGUAUGGGAGUCAUAUCUCAGAAUGAGAAGAGAGAAAAAGAAGGCUCGGAAAAGUAGGUCCAAGAAUUCAUCGGAUGAAGAUAGCAGCGAUACUGAGCGUGAACUUGCUGAACAACCGGAUGACUUUUUUGUUGAAGAGGAAACUCAGGUUCGAGGUACCAAGAAAGACAAACCUAAUCAAGAAACAGUUCAAGAAGCUGAAGCUAGUCGAGCUGAGCUUGAGCUAUUACUUGCUGAUGACACGGGAAUGGAUAACAACUUAAAGGGCUAUAACUUGAAACCUAAGAAGCGCAAGGGGAAAAAAGGGAAGGAAAUUCCUGAUGAUGGAAAAAUACCUGAUGUUGACUAUGAUGAUCCACGAUUUUCGUCUCUCUUCACCUCACCACUUUUUGCUCUGGAUCCAACAGAUCCUCAGUUCAAAAGGAGUGCAGUUUAUGCUCGGCAAAUGGCACAGAAAAAUAAAGGUGUUCAGGAAAACGCUACUGGAACACUGCACACAGAAAUUUCAGGGCAGUUUCUGUCUAAUAACAAAUUGGAAAUGCUCAAAGACAAGGACUUGCAACCUGAUGUAUCGAACCCAGAACGAAGAAAGGAUAUAUCUUCGUUGGUUAAGUCACUCAAAAUGAAGACCAAACAAGCUAAUUUGUCCUCUCAAAGGGGGGAUGUGAAGGGAAAAGUCGCACCUUCUAGAGUAAAAGUGAAGAAGAGGUAAAAACCGCGAGAGUAAUUCCAGCUCAACCUCGAAUUGGAUUAGUUCACUGCGGUUAAUUUUCAGAAUAAUUUUCUUAUGUUGUAAUCUAUUUAAAUUUUGAAUCUCCGAAUUGCGUUUAUGAGUGAAAAAUUGCUUGGCGUUUGGGACAAUUUUCUGUAUUGAAUUAAGAAAAUGAGUCAGUUUCCAUUGUUUCUGCAGGCACCUCCAGAUCAAUUUUGAUUCGAUAAAUUGUCGAAAACAUAGCACUAAAAUCAAUUUUUAAUUAUUUGUAGCA